UAGCUCUGUUGACAAGAGACAAGAGAGAGUCCUGGACCCACACGGGCCUACCUUUUUUACACUUCCAGCGUGUGAAGAUAUCAGACGAGAGAGAGGGAGCGCCGAAUCGGUUAUUUAGUCUCCGGCGGAUGUUGCAGACUGCGUGACGGGACGACACGGUGUAGACUUUUUCACAGGUUGAUGAUCCGUAUUUGGCACCAAGCAGCACAAGUAAAUACAUGGUUGUAGUCUAUAGGCUGUCUCUAGUGACACGGGUUUACAUUUACAAGAGAAAUAGGCGGUGCCUGUUUAUUCCUGGAAGAAUACAGAACAGAAUGAGACAUUUAACGUUUACAGGUUGGGGUUUAUUCGCUGAAGUUCACGCUCAGACUUGGGCUGCAAGCAGCGUGUAGGAGGAUAGUCUGAGAGUAAGGGACCCUCUGUGUUGCACAUUUUGACUGAUAGCCAAUCGAAUCUGUUAUUCAAAUCGGUGCUCUUAUGUCAGUGACCUAUAUCUCAUGCAUGUGCGCCAAGAGCACACAAUAACUUCUCCACCAGACCAGACCAGACAGCAUGGGGAUCGACGGACUGGACAAUCAAGCGCAGCCGCCCAGCGUAGUGUCCCGGAAUGAGGAGCCAGCUGCAGAUCCUCACACGGAGCAGAGAGAUGCUCCCCAAGAAGCAGACAAGAGCAAGGAGAUCCUGCAGGAGGACAGCACUGUGCAGCUUAUUGAGGCCGGGAGCAAGCCGCCACUCUCCCCGUCGGCGUCUGACUCCGAGGCGGCUGUCCAGGUGGAGGAGCCCGGCCACGGAGCCGCGUUCGUCCCGCCCGAAGGAGGGUUUGGCUGGCUGGUGGUUUUUGCGGCAACCUGGUGCAAUGGGUCAAUUUUCGGCAUUCAAAACUCUUUCGGCAUCCUGCAUAUGAUGCUGAUGAAGGAGCAUGCAGACCCAGACGACCAGACGUCUCAGUUCAAAGUGGCCUGGGUCGGGGCCUUGGCCAUGGGCAUGAUCUUCUUCUGUUCACCUGUGGUCAGCAUGUUCACAGACCGCUUCGGCUGCAGGAAGACAGCCGUCAGUGGGGCAUUGGUGGCUUUUAUAGGGCUGCUAAGUACAUCCUUUGCAAAGUAAGCUACUCUCCUGAGCCUUCGCUAUUUCACAUAUGGCAUACUGUUCGGCUGUGGCUCCUCCUUUGCCUUCCAGCCCUCAUUGGUCAUCCUCGGCCAUUACUUCCGCCAGCGCCUGGGUCUGGUCAAUGGCGUGGUGACGGCCGGUGCCAGCCUCUUCUCCAUGGGCCUCCCGGUUUUACUGAACAAGGUGGUGGAACCUCUGGGCCUCAGCAGGACCUUCCAGAUCCUCAGCCUCUUCAUGCUGGUCCAGGCCCUGCUGGCCCUGCUGUUCAAACCAUUACUGCCUGCUGGGGGAGGCAUGGGACCCCCAGGCAUGGGUCCUGGCCCUGGAAAAUCCAAAACCCAGUCAAUGGCCACCGCUCAGGGGGGCAGCAGGUGGAGCAGGCUCCUCGGUGGGAUCAGGAAGUCAUUCAACCUGCGGGUGUUUCACAUCGUGACGUACCGAGUGUGGGCGUUUGGAGUAGCUACAGCUGUACUCGGCUACUUCGUGCCAUACGUCCAUCUGGUAAGUUUUGUGAAGCAGCAGUUCAAGGGAACCCAGAAGGAGUGGGUUCUCCUGGUCUGCAUAGGAGCUUCAUCUGGGGUGGGACGCCUUGCUUUCGGCAAGAUUGGAGACCUCCUUUCUGGUCUGCAAAAAAUCUACAUGCAGGUGGUGUCCUUCAUAGCUCUGGGUCUGAUGUCCAUCCUGAUCCCUCAGUGCUCGGCGUUUGAGGGGCUGGUGGUUGUGUGUGUGUUCCUGGGGCUGUGUGAAGGCUGCUUCCUCACCAUGAUGGCUCCCAUAGCGUUCGAGCUGGUCGGGCCCAUGCCCUCGCAGGCCAUAGGCUACCUCCUCGGCCUCAUGUCUAUUCCUAUGACCGCGGGUCCACCCAUCGCUGGUCUCCUACACGAUUACUUUGGGGACUACACCGUGGCCUUCUCCCUUGCUGGGGUGCCUCCCAUAGUGGGGGGGGUGGUGCUGUUCUUCGUGCCCCUGAUUCACCGCAGGCUGCAGGCAGCGGCUUCACCAGACGAGACCUCCACCCACAUGCUUCCCGCAGCUUCACCAGCGGAGGAGCAGAAGAGCUGCUCCAACGGAGACAUCCUGCCAGGCUACACUGACGUAGAGACACACAUCUGAGUCACACCGUUCAAAGGGAUUCAGCCCACCAGCCCCUUUCCUCAUCCUUAGAUUUCCCUCCUUUCAACCAUGGACUUCCUGUCGGCUGACCUUUAACCCUCUCACCCUCCUGGACUCUCAUUGGCUAUUUGUUACUUUCAUGUGGAGAGAAAUUGAAAAGAGCGCUCUGGCUUCAAGCCACAGAGAGGACAAAAAGAAGUCACAUCAGCGGUGGAUGAUGGGAAUGUCUAAGGAGGAAGCACAGUCUCAACUAGGAUUGUUUAAUCAGUGCGGACUCUGUAGUAACAUAUACCUCCAAGAGGAAAUAAAUGGAGUGAUUUUAACCGACGGUGGUUUCUGAUAUCACAGCAUUAAUAUUGCUACUACCUAAAAAAAAAUACUAUGCUUUGUUUCUAGAUUGCAUAUAAAAUCGUAGUUGAGAUAAGAGGCAUAUAAAACAAGAAUGAGUGAAGGGAUACAUUCACACUUUCAUGUUGUUCCUCAUGCAUCUAAUUCUUGAACACAAUGCCUUUUACUUAGUUUUUGUAACUGAAUCACAGGUUUGCUUUAUUCUAUUUUUGCAGUGUUCUGCUGUGACUGCUACACAAGGAACAUUAGUUUAUAUUAUAAAUGUCACAGGAGGUAACAGACAAUUCUUCUGAGAAAUCAUCCACCCGACACAAUCACCUCAACUCAACCGCACACUCACACCCAGGGUCCAAAAUAAUGACCUUAACUCUGCCAGCCUCCCCGAAUGGGAGUCAGAUGGGAUUGCAACAGUUGUUGAUUCACAGUGGAGUGUUAAAUAUUUUUGCACGGAUUGAAUUUAGGUCAGUGACUUGGCGGCUUGUUGCAGUUUAACCUGUGCAGUCAGCGGGGGAGGGGGGAGUUGUGAGAGCUGUGCAUCCGCUGCCUGGAUUCCUUGAAGUUAACACUACAGUUGAUGCAAUCUUCUCGCGAGUCAGUACAGCCUGAACUCUCAGCAUGUGUUUUUUCAACUCAUCUGAGUGCUAGACAAAAAUACGUUUGUUACGGAAAAUAUUUCACAGUAGAUUUUGUAUUGUGCACACUGUAUUCCUGUUGGAAUCAUGCAGUUCUAAAUGGAGAUAGACGCUGUUGGUAAUAUAGACUUUUUAUUUUAGAUUCGUAUCAGUUUAUUCUUUCCUCUGUGGGAAUGUGCGUGUGCAGUUUUAAAAGUAAAGGCAGUAACAAUGUCACACUUUGUUGAUGAGAGGGGACUACUGAGAUUAAAGCUGCCAAAUGGACUGAGUCCUCAUCGGACCAUUUCACGGAUAAUAAAUUCAAUAUGCUGCUUUCGUUACAUUUUUAGUCAUGAGGGUAGACACUCACUUUGUUGGCAGUAAUGAAACUCAAGAGGACAGUUUGCAGCUAUUGUGUUUCAUAAACAUUUGGACCACUUACCUCUGCACUAUAUGUUUUUUGAAUCAUAAACUUUAAUGGACAGAUGUGAAGUAAGCUGCAAUAAUUGACUGUUUGAGUUACACUCUGUGGUUGAAUGCUUAACUGAGUAGCAGAGCGGGGCGUUGGUACACAGAAAGAACGGAGACUCCCUGGUAUUCAGGUGCCAUUCUGCCGAUCCCCCUCUUUGCUGUCCCUGCCAUCACUCACCCGGCUUCUUGUGUUACAGAAGAGCCUGAAAGCUACACAAACCUCACUGCUGAGUGUAGUUGUUGGGGCUACAGGAAAACCAGUUCUGAAUAGGAAACAUACAUCAAUACCUCAGCAAUCAAUAAUCCUCAGCAAAACCAGUUGAACAGGUUCUUUCUAGUUAAUCAUUUCUGUGUAGUGGUCUCAGAGCACAAAGCUGCCAAAUGCCUGUUUUCAAUCACUAUCGCUUCCUUAGAAACUUCAUUUUGAAACCACAAAAAUGUGGAAAUGUCAAACUUCCAUUUCCUAUAAUAUAACAGUUAAUGCGUAAUCCAUAUCCUUCUUCUUUAUUUUGCCUUAUCCAUUUGCCCCUUUGUUCCUGAUGCUCAGCAUUCCUACUCUCUCACCUCUACCUCCGUCUUUGGUGGCUUUUGUUUUGCUUGUCUUUAAGACAGCCUUAUUCUCUGUCUGUUUUGAAAUGGAGUUGAAUACAUGUCUUAUAACCUAAACUAAUUUAAACAAAAAGACACUAAACCAUAAUCGGUGUAGACUCACAAAUUGGUUUAAUGUUUCCUGAAAGAAAACAAAGAGACAGACCUCUAGUUUGACUGACGAAGUGAGACAGGAACAAAAGGUAGUCGUACUGAAAUGUCCAUGCGAAGUAGUAUUAUAUAUGUCUACACAGUUUGAGUUUGAAACUCAUCAGCCUCCAAACCAAUUAAAGCCACAUUAACCUGAACAUGGAGCUCACAGUAAUCGGACUGGCAACUCUGAGCCCUACUCAAUCUUAAAAAUAAAAGUGCUUAUAUAAUAUUAUAUUUAUACAAUAAAGUGCUUUUAUUUAACAAAAUACAUUACUCCUAAAAAUUAGUGUUGCGGAUUAACUAGUUACAUAUAAUGUAAUUAAACUAUAAAAUGUAUAUAAUGUAUUACAUUCAGAGAAAACUAUGUAAUAGAAUUACGUUUUUUUAUCAAAAUGUUAUUGUUAUUACAAUCGUUUUCCUCCAAAAAAAUGUAUGUUGAACAAAUAAUUUACUUUCUUACAACUGCAUGUUACAUUGAAUAACUUUCUAAAAGAGGAGCAACGGUAAUGAGUAUUGAUGUUUACACUGCUGUUUUAAGCUUAUUACCCAGUUUCAAAAAAGUAAUCCGUUAUUAAAUCGAUUUAACUGUAAUCUGUAACCUUUGGCAUUUCUAAAGUAACUGUUCGAACACUGCUUAUAAAUAAUUGAAAACUGUGAAAUUCAAUUUAUUUACUGCUUGUGUUAAAAAAGUUGCAGGAGAUGAUUCUUAUAAAAAAGUGCAUAAAAAGACAAUCUGAAAAAAACCUAUGGACCUAAGAUGAUUGGAACAUUUCCGACCACACUAUAAAGACAGAGUUUUUACAGAAAUUGUAUAAAAGAUUUGCUUGUUCGAUAAUCAUUUCAUUUUCUAACUUUAGUUUUGUUACUGCUCCAAGUCACUUCUGUCAAACCAGAGGCCUGUGUCCCCUAAAGUCCCACAAUCUGUCAAAACUACUUCCUCCGCCUUAUCGGAGGCCUAUGUGUUACUACGCUCAGAACGUAUCUGUCCCAACAAUAUUGACUAUAAUUGAGUUUUCUUUGUAAUUUCACUGUGAACCUGUAUGCUUUUUCAAUGUGUGUUUGUGUCUUGACCUUGUUAGAUAGCAGCCUGACAUCACUGUUGAAGAUGAGACGAGGACUAGAGGCAAGACAUUUUAAUCAGCAGUGACCUAUGCCUUACAUUAACUGAACCAGCUGAACAACCAGAUGUAGAUUUAAGACUAGAGUUCAUUUUUCAGAUCUUAACUUGUCUUUUUAAUCACUAUUUUACUUGUUUUUCUUUCUCUGUAGUCAUUGUUAACGUUGGAUGAGUUAGUCUCACGCAGUUCCGGGUCAUAACCAGCUGAGUGCUCUUCUUGUAAAAAUAACUCUGACGUGUAUAAACAUAUGUACUUUAUAUACUUUGUAAUGUUUUUUUAAAAUAACCAUUUAACUGUUUUUUUGUUUCAAACAAUUGAUUUUUUUUGGGUUAGUGUUUUUAGUGAUUCACUUCUUUAAUGACUACUGGAAACUGUUGAGUUGGUCUGUCUGCUCAGAUUUGAAAUAUAAAAGUGAAGGAGCUGAAUGAAUGAAGAAUGAUACAAAACAUCCGGAUGGUUUUCUAUGGAUCCAGUGUUUAGCUAGCCAAAGUCUUUUCAUCUAUGCAGCUGGGCUCGCGGUCCACUUCCUGUGACCACUUCACAAGUCAAACUCUAAAAACCAUGAAGUUUACUUGGACUUCUCACCUAAACUUUAAACUGCUAACACUAUGUAAUGUCUUGGACUGUCUUUUCCAAUUAGAAUGUUUUUUGUUUGACUUUCAGAAAGUCCCUGACAGUCAAAUUGGUCAAAUGUAACAUUUCUACAUUCUUCUUUUAUUUUCUUGCCUUUGAUGAACAGUUUGCAGGUCAGAGGUACAGGGAGGCACAUUCAGGCACUUUUUAGUCUCUUAAGUUGUGACAUUCUUUUAAGAUCAGUUCAAAAUAGAUUGAAUUAACUCAAAUCAGCAUGUGUCAUAUUUACGAUCCAAUCAGUGUGUGGUGUUGAUCAAAUAACGCUUCAUUUCAUUUCGCUUUUGCUUGAAUUUACUGCUGAUAUCUUUUGGUCAGUCGCCAGAAAACAAACCCGGCAUCUCAGUCUCAUUACAUUAGAUUUCCUCUGGCAGAAAAUACAAAUUCAAAACAAAUGACUUCAAUAUUGAUCCUUGUUAUUCUACGCUGCAACGUGGCAUGCCCUCUGACCUCAAUCUGUGCUUUCCCCUCUGCCUGAAACUGUAACACUCUGUGAAACAGGAUAGCUGAGGGUCUGUACAUCAUGAAGCUAAAAGUCCAACACCUCAUAAAACUGCUACGGGCCACCUCCAGCAACAACACCAGUCAUCACUUUCAUUUGUAUUGUAUUAUAUAUUGUAUUCAUUAUCUCGGCGAUCACAGCUAUAAAUACUUUGUUUAGUGAUAUAUUUCUGUAUGGCGACUCUUGGCCCUUCCCACAGCCUUACAUCAGAAAUACGAGUAAUAUUUCCUUGCAGGGCUCUGCUAAACUUUCUUUCUCCAGACCUCUAAGGUUGCUGCAGUUAAACCUCUAUUGCCUCUCUUCACUUCUUAAAGCUCUGUCCUUCCUGCACAAGCUAUACCUUUUUAUAUAGAUACAUACUCUUGUUUUUAGUCAUUUUACAAAAUGUUCUAACAAGGCCAGUGACGCCACAAAAUCUACAAUUAAGUCAUGCUGCUAGAGAAAUUAAUGUCAUUUUUUGUGUUUUUUUCUUUUCUUUGUGGAAGUAAUUUCGAAUCUGUAUCAAAAGAGACACAUUUUUUCUAUUAAACCAACAAUAAAGAAGUGAUAUGAAAACAA